UCAUUUCUGUUGAAAGAGGCAUACGAGGAAAGAGGGGAAACCCAACCCCGUAAAGUUAAAACGUGGCAAUCUAUGGACAAUGCAGCCUCUCUGAUUCAUCCUCUCUCCUUCUUCCUCCCAACCGCUGUGUCUCAUGCUUCAGCUUUCAUUUUUCUCAUUUUAACUCCAAUUUCUGUUACGCAUUUCAUCGAACACCUUUUGGGCUGAUCUCAGAAAGAUCGCAGAAUUACCAUUAUCUCUACAUUUCAUGUUUCAAUGAGAUACGCCACUGCAAUUCUCCGUCAUCAUCGCCAUGCAACGUUGCGUUCUACUGAAUGGAGUAGGACAUGGCGAUGCUUAUCAUUUCAAGGAUAUAGUGGUCCCAAAGUAUAUGAAGAUCAUUGGUUUUUAUCCAUUAUGCUGCAGAAAAGAUUGUUAUCUACCAGCUUUAAAAGUGUGCACGGUGAGAGACCAACUGCUGAGUAUGCAAAGCAGAGGAAGGAAUCAUUAGAGGAAGAAUUUGGACAUGUAUUGGGAACAUACAGCUCCAGAAGUGUUUCUGUGGUUUAUCGUUUUGGGCCAUUCCUGGCCUUAUUCAGAGCCGCAGUUAUCUCAUAUCACGUUUUAAAGUUGUCUUUAUGGCAACUUUUCGUUGAUGAUAUUCACAAACGUGCCACUAAGUUUUGUGAUACUCUAAUUCGACUGGGGCCAUUUUAUAUCAAGCUUGGGCAGGCAUUGAGCACUAGACCAGAUAUAUUACCCACCAUAUACUGCCAAGAGCUUUCAAAAUUGCAGGAUCAAAUUCCUCCUUUUCCGACAUCUGUUGCAAUGAGAUCCAUUGAAUCCCAGUUGGGUGUUCCUGUUUCAGAACUUUUUACCGACAUCAGCCCAGAGCCUGUUGCUGCAGCUUCUCUAGGGCAAGUUUAUAAAGCUCAUUUGCAUUCUGGAGAGCUGGUAGCUGUCAAGGUGCAGAGGCCUGGUAUGUCACUGUCAUUGACUCUUGAUGCGUUAUUGUUUCACAUGAUAGGCGGCCAAUUAAAACGUUUUGCGAAGGCUCGCAAGGAUUUGUUAGUUGCCGUGAAUGAGAUGGUCAGGCACAUGUUUGAAGAGAUUGAUUACAUCUUAGAAGGAGAAAAUGCAGAGCGGUUUGCUUCUCUGUAUGCUUCUUAUCCUGGUGCUGAUAGUCAUGGAAAGAGUUUUGAAGCUACGCUUGGGAAUUCUCAGAUAAACAGAGGUCGAGGCCUUAUUAGAGUCCCAAAAAUAUACUGGAAGUACACUCGUAAAGCUGUGCUGACAAUGGAAUGGAUAAAUGGAAUUAAGCUUACAAACGAGGACGCAAUAGCAAAGCUCCAAUUAAAGCGCAUGGAGCUUGUUGACCAGGGACUGUACUGCUCGUUGAGACAAUUGCUAGAGGUGGGAUUUUUUCAUGCUGAUCCUCAUCCGGGAAAUCUAGUUGCUACAGAUGAGGGAUCUCUAGCAUAUUUUGACUUUGGGAUGAUGGGAAAUAUUCCACGCCAUUAUCGUGUAGGCCUCAUUCAAGUGCUUGUGCACUUUGUGAAUCGUGACUCACUGGGUCUAGCAAAUGACUUUCUAUCCUUGGGAUUUCUUCCUGAAGGGGUUGAUAUUCUAUCGGUCUCUGAAGCUUUACAAGCAUCCUUUGGUGACGGGAGCAGGCAAUCUCGAGAUUUUCAGAGCAUAAUGAACCAGCUAUAUGAUGUGAUGUAUGAGUUUAACUUCUCUCUCCCUCCGGAUUAUGCUUUAGUUAUAAGAGCACUGGGGUCUUUGGAGGGGACAGCUAAAGCUUUGGACCCAGAUUUUCAAGUGGUUGAAAGUGCAUACCCAUUUGUUAUUGGGAGGCUUUUGGCAGAUCCAAGUCGUGAUAUGAGGAAAAUUCUGAGGGAACUGGUUAUCCGUAAUGAUGGGUCAAUAAGGUGGAACCGUCUUGAACGUUUGAUUGCAGCAAUAUCAGAAGCUUCUGACUCUGCUGAGCAGCAUCCUGAUUCUGUACAAGAUUCUUCAACUCCAUUAAGAUGGAAAGCUUUCAACAUGCAAUCUGUGGUGUCAGCUACAGAAGAUCUUCUUUUAUUUAUCUUAUCUGAAAAAGGUUUAAGGGUGCGUAUGUAUCUUACAAGGGAUGUAGUCAAAGCAUUGGAUGCAUUCUUACAGGAUGAUGUUAUUACUCGGAACUCAAAUGGGGACUUCAGUGAGAGGAAAAUAUCAACAUCUGAGGAACACACAACAAGAGUUGCGAACGGCUUUCAGUAUUUCUGGCAGGCUGUGAAAAAGUCUCCCGAAGCAUGGAUUUCUAUGCUAGCUCGCAUGUCAGUAAAACCUGAGUUUCACAACUUCAUUCUGGAUUUAGUUUCUGUCUUGAUGCAGCAUUCUAGCCGUAAAGUUCCUGAGACUAUUUGGAUUCAUUUAUCUAAACAACUCCACAAUUUGGUAGAUAGCUCUAAGUCUUAACAAUUUAUGAGAUACUCUAGUUGAUAGACUGAUAGUUGGAGAGCCGGUUCUUUACAAACUGUAAGGGGCUAAGUGCGCCUUAGCAAAAGUUGGUUGUAUAAUCUAGAUCUCACUUUCUGUAAGGUCUCUUAAAUUUCAGCAGAAAAUAUAAUGUUCCCUCUGUCAAUGAGCGUGUAGAUAGCUUGAAAUAGUAGUUGGCAAAUAUGCCAUCCCCUUUAUUACUUGUCACAUUUUGUAGGUCAAAAUUGUAGUAAUGUUAGAUUUAUUGAUAUAUAUUUUUUCAUACAGCAAUGUAUAUUUUCAA